CUUUCUGUCAAAACGAGACGCAAAGGGAACCAUUCAUUUUUCCUUCACUAUGGCAUCGAUAAAGCUGUAUUUUCUUCUGUUUCUGGUGGGUCUCGCGAAAGCCGGCUGGCGAACGGACUUGGAAAUUGUCACGACCCGCAUGACAGAAGCUGCUUUCGACAACGCCAGUCAUGAGGACCUCGAUCACCUCCUGUCUCUCCUGAAGGCUGAUGGUUCCUUCUCGGAUCUGGUGUACGACCAAGGCGAUUCGGAAGCCUUCAGGACGCACGGCAGGCGACAGAGCGCCCUUCUGUACCACCACCUUAACGGCAAGGACUUAACAGCUGAGAUCCUCACCUGCUUCUCCUUCAUUACGUACGACGCUCCUCCGAAUACAGACAGUAACUGGUGGAGUCACGUGAUCGGGAUUCCUUCCAAGAUGUGGGAAGGAGUGGUGUUGGCGAAGGACCUCCUUGGGGCGGAGCUCUUGACGGAUUUCUUGGACAGGUACUGGAAGGACACGCCAGCAGGACCGGUGUGGAAUCUCGAGGACAACCCUUCGAGCAUGGCAGGUGGAAACCUAGGUCCUCGGGCGAUGCUAGGGGAAGUCGAGGGUCUCCUGAGGGGAACCUACGUCGACGUGCACACGCAGGUGCAGGAGGCUCUCUUCGUGGACUUGGCUGAUCGACAGCCUUACGACGGCAAUGGGCUGAGACAAGACGGCUGCCUCCACCAACACAAUAUAGGGGGUGACCACAACACAGACAUUGGCUACUUGGAUCAUACACUCAAUAAUCUCUACAAUGGAAACUAUGGUAAAGAGUUACUGAGGUUCGUGUCUAACUUGAUGUCAUGGUACACUGGCACCGAUCUGGACUUCCAAGAUGCCACGAUAGAAGGGCUCUUCGCUGCAUACCUGGAGUGCCAACAGUGGCUCUUCAGAGGACACACCCAGGAACCGUCUACUUGCGGGCGCCAUAUAAACGACGGAACCAGCAUCACCUUAUACGCCACGCGCGGGGGAGUUAGAGACACAGGUUACAACUUACAAAAACUUGGACGUCAUCUUGAGGAAGUCGAGGCUGUUCUUCAUCGUUACGACCACGUCCUGCCUGAUCCUGAGUUUGCUUUGAGUGGAAAUAAGUACUUCUUUAACUCCGACCUCAUUGUGCACCACCGGCGGGAGUACAUGGCCAGCGUGCGGGUUCUGUCCAACCGCACGACGAGGCCCGAGACAUGGCCCCCCACGCAGAACGGCGACGGCUAUUUCCAGGGCGACGGAUUCCUGACAAUCCUGGUCGACGCCAAGGAACACGGAAGCCCCAAGAAGGAGGUUUUCCUUGUGUACGACUGGGCAAGGGUUCCCGGCGUCACCAACCUCUAUACGAAGGAUAUUCCGCAGUACCGCACGGGAGCCUACUGGUCCGGCCACUUCUUCAACGAUGCCAAGUUCUCAGGGGGCGUGUCCGACGGGCGGGUGGGCGUGGCAGCGAUGGUGUGCCGCCGCCCGUACGUGGCACUGCGCCCUCUCAAGUCCUGGUUCUUCUUGGGUGACGUCAUCGUGGCCCUUGGCACUGGCAUCUCCCUAGGGGCUGCGGAUGCCACGGGAGAGAGUGUCAUCACGACGCUGGCGCAGCUGGCCUUCGAAGGAACUUACGUCAUAGGAACAAACGACGGAGAGGAAGUGACAGCUGCUUUCGGAGACAGCGUGGAGACCCAGCCUGCCUUUCUCCACCAUCGUAAUAUCGGCUACGUCUUCCUUGAAUGGAGAUGAGAAGCUGUUUACUCUGGCUGACUCUCGGGCGCACGGGGAGGAUGCCAUUGAUAUAUUUACCGCCUGGCUUGACCACGGUUCGACCCCUGACAACGUGUCCCACAGCUACGUGGUGUUACCCUCGUUUGACCUCGAUCAGACGAGGUCCUUCGCUGCCAAUCCUCACGUGCAGGUCAUCUCCCAAGGCCAUGACCUCCAUGCCGUGUGUCACGAGCCUUCUAAGACGAUCGGCGCCGCGUUCGUAAAGGCCGGCGAACUGACACCUUCUGCGUGUGGAAACUCCGCCAGUCUCUCCCUCCUCGUCGACACGCCCUGCCUCGCCCUCGUCAGCGUCAGCAACGAAUCCCCCGACGCCGCUGAGCUGUCAGUGAGCCUCGCAGACCCCCAGCAGAUGUAUGACGUCAUUCGGAUCGUGGUGACGUAUGACGGGAGGGAGGCAGAGAGGGUCGUCCAGAUGCCUCCUCCACCCAAGCGAGGGUUCUAGCGUUACUGUGGUUGUCAGUGUGUAGAUAUUGGACUAUGACUAUGACUAUAACGAGGUACCAAAUAUUCAUAUACUUAUAUCUAUAUAGAUAUUAAAAUUAGCAAUUAAUUUAGGCAAUAUCUAGCUAAAUAUAUGAAUACUUAUAUUUGCUGGGAUGGUUAUGACUAUAACAAGACACAAAGUAUUUAAAACUGAUAAGUAUUCAUAGUGAUAAUUAAUUGAGUUGAUAUUUGAAUAAACAUAUAAAUAGUAAUAUUUACAGGAAUGAUUAUGGCUAUGACGAUGCGCUAAAUAUCUAAAUAAACAUUUGAAUUAAUAAUGUAUGGAAUUAAUAUUGAAAUAAAUAUCUAAACGAUAAUAUUCACAGGAAUUAUUAUGGCUAUAACAAGGCAAUACUUUAUGAAUAAAUGUCUUAGGGAAAGGUUCAUGUAUAGAUGUUGAUUAGACAAAGUGUUUUUAUUAUCUGGUAAGUAACAGCAACAUCAAGAACAUAGAUAAAAAGGAAAAGGAAAAGAUAAAUAAAAUGAUGAUGAUAAUGAAGACGAAUAAAUCAGAGCAUAUUA